AUGAAACAAUUUCUGCUACUUACUCUUCUGAUUCUAUGUAAAACUGAUGAUGCUGAUCAUGAACAGAGUCAAAUAAUAUUAAUGACGUACAAUGUCAUGUUCGUACCAAAAUUGCUCGUUUUAGAACGUGAUCAAACCACUCGAGCGAAUUUAUUGGCAAAAGCAAAAUUUCUUCGCAUAAGUGAUAUCAUUUGUUUACAAGAAGUAUUCCAACCAGAACCAACUAAAAUUUUACUUGAUUCUCUUGCAGACACCUACCCAUAUAUGACACCGAUAUUAGGUGAUCAAGACGGGCAAGAUUAUUGGGAUGAAACUUGGAAUAGUGACCUAGGCCGAAGUCUAUUGAAAUUUGUUAAUGGCGGCUUAACAAUACUUAGCAAAUGGCCAAUUACUUAUAAAAUACAAUACUUUCAUAAAUAUUCCUGUGGUGCGCAUACAUUUUCUUUAAGUGGUUUUAUUUAUGCUCGAAUUCUUUACGGUAAAAAUGAAACACCAAUUCAUGUUAUUGGAGUACAUUUGCAGCCAAGUGGUCAUCCUGGUUGUUAUCUACUAAGCGAGGAAGAAACUCGUGAAAAACAAAUGAAUGAAAUAACAGCCUUUAUUAAUGCAAGAAAUAUACCGGAAGAUGAACUUCUAUUUUUUUUUGGUGAUUUCAAUAUUGAUAAAUAUAAUACUGGACAACAUAAAAAAAUGAUUGGCCUACUCAAUGUAGAAGAACAUAUAUUAUAUCCAUCAAGUAUUCCAUGCACUUGGGAUAGUUCAUUCAAUUCAAUGACUAUGGCAAACCAUAAGCAAAAUCAAUUAUUAGAUUACAUUCUCAUACAUAAAGAUCACACGUUGAAUAAUUCUGUCUGGUUUAACUUUAUCAUCGAUGCUAUGGCACCAGAACAAUGGCAUUUACUCGGUGCUAAUCAAAUGUUUUACAAUACACGUAAUAUUCCAUUAAUGGAACUUUCCGAUCAUUAUCCAGUGUUCGGCUUUUUUAAUUUAAACGAACACCAAUGGCCUGAAAAGCCAUCAGGUACUCUUACAUAUGUACGGAUAGUAACGGCUGAUACAAAUCUUCCUGUAAUGAUGGUUGAUCGUAAUAUUCGCAUAGGAAAUUCGUCAAAUGAUACAGGUUCGCUUUUUAUUUUAACAAACAACGGUACACCGCGUCGACAUCGAUGUUUAAAGUCCGAGCAGUUUAUUAUUCUAAUUGAUGGUGAUACGCAAGAAUUUUAUUUAUCAGAUGCAAAAUUUCUUCGAAUGAAAUAUGAAAUGGAACAAGUGAAUCGCUAUUUGAAAAUAAUUCAAAAAGAUAACAAAACAAAAUGUAUAAAAACUGAUUCGACAUUUAUUUUACAAACACUUUUAUCAACAGGAAUCCAUUAUAUCAAUCAUGACUCGUCACAUCUAUGUUCAUGUACGAAGAACGAAGAUCACGCUCAACUAUUUCGAUUGAUUGAAGUUGAGCGAAAAAAUAUUAAUUGUAUUAUUACACAUGAAACUAAAUGA